UGAAAAAUGGCAAAAUCCUUCCUGUCAAAAAUUCGAAAAAGUAUGCAAGUUAUCCAGAAACUGAAAAUUGUCCUACUUUAGUGAUCAUGGAUGUGUGCAAAGAAGAUGAAGGGAAUUAUUACUUUACAGCAAAAAGUAGAAAAGCUGAUGUAAAGAGCAAUUAUAGAACAUUUGAAAUAGAAAAGGAGGAUCCAAAAGUUACCAUCCAAAAUCCGAUCAGAGAUGGACAAUUUACUACUUUAUAUGCAAUUAUUGAAAAGACAAGGUGGCCUAUAAAAAGCUUAAUAUGGAAAAAGGAUGACACUGUUGUCUACAAGGAAGAAAAAUAUGUCAAUGCCAAUGAAAUUUGCACAGGUAGAAUAAGACUAUCAGGUGUCAAAGAUGCUGGUAUAUACAAAGUAGUUGCCGAAAGUAUUGCAGGAAGAAGCGAAGCUGAGAGAAUAGUUCUUCAAGAAGAAAUAGGAAUUCCUGUGUAUCCAAUUCUUAAAAUAGAAGUGGAUAAAUGUCACCGAAAUUUGAGGCUAAAUGUAACAUCUUCAUCGAAAGCAGAGAUAAAUGACUGUGUUUGGAUGAAAAACGAAAAAAUACUUCUCACUAAACUUGAUGCAAGGUAUCAACAGUUGUCAUAA